AUGUCUAAGAUUGGUGCUAUUCUCUACGGUAUUAUUGGGCUUAUUGCCUUUCUGUUCGUGCUGGUCGGAACGCCAAUUGACCAGUUCCGUUCAAGGACGGAAGACCUUGUUGGUAACACACCAUGUCUGACCCUCUGGGGACAAAAACAGAAGUGUUACAGUACCAAGUACGAUCUCCGCCCAGCCGAACUCUUCCCGGGCUGCAGCACGCUCGUUGAUCGCUUCAAGGCAGCGGAGGGGUUUGCCAUCAUCUCCAUUGGCGUGCUACUGAUUGCAGCCCUCGUUGGACUGGUGACAUGUUGUUGCUGUGGGUGCCUAAGGUGGAUUGCUUGUAUUCUGAUGGUUCUUGCAAUUGCAACUGUCUGCAUUGUCUGGGGACUGAUGGCAAACAUGUACAACGCCAAGGUGGGUGGAUGUGUCUAUACACCAUUCAAACACGACUAUAAGUAUGGCGCCGGAUUUGCCCUUGUUGUAACUGGUUGGUGCCUUAUUUUUGUUUCCCUCGUUGUUCUUAAUAUAUUGUAA